AUGGCUCUUCGACGUUUCAAUGCCGGCGGAAAGAAGCAGAAGGAACUGACUGAUGAACAGAAGCAGGAGAUCAAGGAAGCCUUCGACCUUUUCGACACGGACGGCUCAGGUGAGAUCGAUUCAAAGGAGCUGAAGGUGGCCAUGAGGGCGUUGGGUUUUGAGCCCAAGAAGGAGGAGAUUCAGAAAAUGAUCUCCGAUGUGGACGAUGACGGCUCUGGCACCAUCGGCUAUGAGGAAUUCUUAAAGAUGAUGACGCACAAGAUCUUGAACCGCGAUCCCAAAGAUGAAAUCUUGAAAGCCUUCCGCCUUUUCGACGAUGACGAAACUGGCAAGAUCUCCUUCAAGAAUUUGAAGCGUGUGGCCAAGGAGUUGGGAGAACGGAUGACCGACGAGGAGUUGCAGGAGAUGAUUGAUGAAGCAGAUCGCGAUGGUGAUGGAGAAGUUAACGAGGAAGAAUUCCUUCGCAUUAUGAAGAAGACGAAUCUCUUCUGA